UUUCGAGGUAGAUAGCUGACCUUUAGGCACUCACUAUUUUGCUGAUGAAACUAUAGCAUUAGCUAAAAGUAGUGUUCUUCUAUAGCAUUUGCUAAAAGUAGUGUUCUUAGUUGCGUAACCUUCUUCUCUAGGAAUAUUUUACCAUUCCUGUACUUUUUUUUUAUCUUUAUAGGAACUACUCUUUUUCUUUAUGGGUGGGUAGGAUUUCAAAAGGGUUGUAACAUUAGUUGUUGAUGCGUUGAUGGAACAAGUAUCAAUGGAGGCUACUAAUCCGAAUCCGAGUUCAAUGAGCGGCGUCGCUGCUGCUUCCGCCGCCGAGCUUCUAUGCUGUGCGAACGCGAGAGCACUGUUGGAUUCCGUCGACGCAUUUCUAUUUGAUUGCGAUGGUGUUAUUUGGAAAGGCGACAAGCUGAUCGAUGGAGUCCCACAGACGUUAGAUAUGCUUCGAUCCAAGGGGAAGAAACUGGUAUUUGUGACCAACAACUCUACCAAGUCCAGAAUCCAAUAUGCUAACAAGUUUCAGUCUCUUGGACUUUCUGUCAAUCAGGAUGAGAUAUUUUCGUCUUCUUUUGCUGCUGCUAUGUACUUGAAGGUCAACCAGUUUCCUCCUCACAAGAAGGUUUAUGUCAUUGGCGGGGAAGGCAUAGUACAGGAGUUGCAACUUGCUGGAUUUACCGCUCUUGGUGGCCCAGAAGAUGCAGAAAAAAGGGCUCAGUGGAAAUCAAAUUGUCUCUUUGAGCAUGAUAAAUAUGUUGGAGCAGUUGUUGUUGGAUUAGAUCCAGAUAUUAACUAUUACAAACUUCAGUAUGCGACCCUUUGCAUCCGUGAGAACCCAGGUUGUCUUUUUAUUGCUACGAACCGUGAUUCAGUUGGACACAUGACUGAUCUGCAAGAGUGGCCUGGUGCGGGAUGCAUGGUUGCUGCCGUUUGUGGGUCAACGGAACAAGAGCCUAUUGUAGUUGGAAAACCUUCAACCUUCAUGAUGGACUUUUUACUGCAGAAAUUUAAUGUAAGUACAUCUAGAAUGUGCAUGGUGGGUGAUAGACUAGAUACUGACAUUUUAUUUGGACAAAAUGCUGGUUGCAAAACCCUGCUUGUUCUAUCAGGAGUAACAACACAGUCCACUCUUGAUGACCCCUCAAACAGCAUCAAACCAGAUUAUUACACCAACAAGGUAUCUGAUAUUCUCAGUUUAUUGGGAGAAUGAUCUGAUUGUUUCAUUUUCACCAUUUUACUCCUUAUUCUUGCCUGUUUGGCAGUGUUGUUUGCAAAUUUAUACUCAAAAGAAUUAUUUCCGCGAUUUACUGUACCCGGAAAAUGUUGAAAUAUUCUCGCAUUAUCAGGAAACUGGCCAGAUUGUUUCAUGGCCUAUCCUUGUUCUGAAAACAAAUGAAUAAAUUAAAGCUCAAAGCAUAUUUAUAUAUAUAGAUAUAUAGUUUUUAA